AUGGCCGGACUCAGCCCCCAGAUAACGAACCUGAUCAUCAUCCUGGGGAUGAUGCAGGUCGCGAAAAGGAUUCCAUUCGAGGACCCGAACGUGCUCAACAUCUGCCGCGCCAUCUACAUCGCUAGCAACUUGAUCAUCCUGGGAAUCAACAUGUACAUCAAGGUCACCAUUGACAAGAAGAAGGAUAUGACCACGCUCAAGUACGUCGAGCCGGCGCCCAUGGGCUCCAGCGAGGAGGGCAAACUCGUCACCACCACCGUCCACGCCUACGAUGUUGGCCAGCUCAAGACUCUCCUGCGCUCGCAGGGCAUGGGUGUCCUCAUGAUGGGCGUCAUGCACAUCUACUUCAAGUACACCAACCCUCUGCUCAUCCAAAGCAUCAUCCCUCUCAAGGGCGCCCUCGAGGCGAACCUGACCAAGAUUCACAUCUGGGGCCAGCCGGCUUCUGGUGAUCUCAAGAGGCCGUUUAAGCAAGCUGCCGGUCUGAUGAGCGGGCUGCAGAGCGGUCCCGCCCAGGCAGACAAGAAGGCGGUUGAGGCGGCCGAGCGGGCUGGCCGCGGCGGCGCUAAAGAGGAGUAA